CUUGCAAUACGAUGUAAAUAAUCUUGAUACAAAGUUUUUGUCCGCUUGUUACUCUAACUUCCGGUGAAUUCCGUCUUGACAUGAUAACAUCAUGCAACAUGGAGGCAAAAGUUUGAUUUUCUUGCUGCGUUUUUUCUAAGGCAUACUCUUCACACGCCAAAGCCGGAAACCAAACCAUGGAAACUAUCCUGUAGAAGGGUACCCUCAGACGAAAAGAACUCAAUCUUCGGCUACAUCAUGAUCGACAGCUGUCCAUCAUCUUGGAGAAACGUUGAUAUUGCGCGUGCGUGUCUAUCCACCAAUUACACGGCUAAUCCUGCUGUGGCUUUACCAGUACUUGACAUGACAACUAACGUCACUUAUGCCAACAUAUACUGUGCCAUGUGUCAUGGCAGGUCACGUAACCUUCACUUUUGGAGUGUGAUGGUCAGAAAGCCCGGCGGACUCGAAAAUGUUACUAUACAAGACAUCAGAUCUGCUAACGUAUUUUGGGAAGUGUUUCCUGUUGGGGACGUAACUCCAGAAAAAUGCCUUAUCACACCAUUAGAGGCCAACAUGAGACCUGAAACCGAGAUGGCACAGUUGUGCCGCUCCUAUGCAAAUAGUAUUAAAGUAGAGAGAGACGGGUUAAUUUUUAAGAAUACCCACUGCGCCCUCUUGUCAGAUCCGAGUCUGGUAGUGAACCAAACUAUUCUUUGCGGUGUGACUUGGCGUUUUCCUCCGAGAUUGCGUUCUGUUUUUUUUACAUUCUCAACUAAGGCCAAGACUCCAACUCGAGCUCCUGUCAAAAUGACUGUGCACAUGAAUGUUCAGACCUGUCAGACAAACGAGGUUUACGACCCAUUUCAGGAAAAGUGUCUGCCAGUUCACACCGGCCGUGUGAACACCGGCCGCAUUAACAGCACCAAUGCAACAAACAAGUGUUGGGGCCCUCGCUUUCCCUCGCACGAGUUUCGUGUCUUAAGUAACAAUUCCGUCUUCAUAAUACCUUACCGAAAGCUCUACAAUAACGACAGCUUUACUCUGGUUAACCAAACGUUAAUUUUGUGCUCCGCGAAAUUCUCUCUUAACUACACCAGGGAAGCGACCCCGGCAUUGACCCCGGCUGCUGAAGACCAGAAACCUCCCAAUGACUCGCUUGUGCUCCGUAUAAUCACUUACGCUGGGUUCUCCCUGUCAAUCAUAUCCCUCCUAUUCCUGCUGAUGACGUAUUUCCUGUUUGCUGAGUUGCGGACCUAUCCCGGUAAGAAAGUGAUGCACUUGUCAUGCGCAUUGAUAGCCAUGCAGUCAGUGUACUUUGUUUCAGACCCGGAUAUUGUUUCCUCGGCCGUCUGUGCUGUGAUGGGAGCCCUCUUACAUUACUUCAUCCUAACUGUAUUCUUCUGGAUGAGCGUUAUCGCAGACGAUACACAGAGAACCUUCUCAUCCUUGAGUAAGUAAAUUUGAGCUGUUUUCAAUUGACUGUCGCGUUUUCUUUGGUUUUGGAUUGUUACGCUACACGACUGGCUUAAAAAAUAAUCGCGCCACUUUGUCAUUCGAUCAGAAAUAAAACCAAAACAAAUCGUGUCAC